UUCUGGUCCUCGCCUAGAGACAUCUGCGCAGACCCCUUGCCUAAGGAGAUUGAAAAGAGAAGAGAGAAUGAAUGGCACCCGAAAUACAGCAAGCCGUGCCCCAUCGGGCUAGCUGCACCGGCCCGCUGGCAGCUGACCUCGUCAGGGCCAGCGGGCGGAGGCGUGGAUGGAGUGCACUGGGUGUCGCCCUUCCUUCGCGGUGGGCGCCUGGGGCACUGCCCUCCACUCGUUGCUCAGCCGCCGUCGCGCCCGCUGAGCUCCGCGGAGCUGGAGGGCAACGGGACUGGAGUCCGCCCGAGCCGCGUCAGGGAAGAGGCGGGGUGGGGGGUGCGGUUAAAAGGAGCUGCAGGUGGAAAGCGAGUGCCCUAACCUAAACUCGGCAGGAAACCCCUGAACUUCGUACACUCAGGCAAGAGCCUGGGCUAGAGCCGGGGACGCAGCCGCUGUAGAGAGAGCUGCCAAGUGGCGGCCCCCGGGGGGAAGGCAACGACCCGGGCGCCCGACCCCGGGAGCAAGCCCGGCACUGGAGGGCGCGCGCCCCUCGCCCCUUCACAUGCUGCCCAGCUGACCCUCCUCCCCUCGCUCCCCUUCCCUCAUCAUUCCCUCCCGUCCGCCCCCUCCAUCACUCACGGAUUGUCCACACGCCUGCCACACGCCACUGACACAGGUGGCAAUAAUCCUGAAAUUCUGAAAACAGAGUAAAGAGUUGCAUUAUGAUGCAGCUUGGGACUUCUGAGCAAUCCACUGGUGUAGAAGAUUAAGGCUCCCACUUUUUAAGGACCCAGACCUUGAUCUAAUUAUCUUCUCUUCACCAGAAUCACUGUGAGUCCCUUGAAAUAAAGCUUGAACAACAACAACAACAAAGGAAUAAAUCUGCAACAAGAUGGAUUGGAGUACACUGCAUACCUUCAUUGGAGGCGUAAAUAAACAUUCCACCAGCAUAGGAAAGGUCUGGAUUACUGUCCUCUUCAUUUUUCGAGUCAUGAUCCUUGUCGUAGCAGCCGAAGAAGUGUGGGGAGAUGAGCAAGAAGAUUUUGUCUGUAACACGCUGCAGCCAGGAUGCAAAAACGUGUGCUACGACCACUUUUUCCCUGUUUCUCAUAUCAGACUUUGGGCUCUGCAACUGAUCUUUGUCUCCACUCCAGCGCUUCUGGUAGCCAUGCAUGUUACAUACAAUAGACACGAGAAAGUAAGACAAUUUAGGAAAGGAGAGAAAGGGAUUGAAUACAAAGACUUAGAAGAAAUUAAAAAACAGAAGGUUCGAAUAGAGGGGUCUUUGUGGUGGACUUACACUAGCAGUAUUUUCUUUAGGAUUAUCUUUGAAGCCUCUUUUAUGUAUGUCUUUUACUUUCUUUACAAUGGCUACAACCUGCCCUGGGUGGUGAAAUGCAGUAUUGAUCCUUGUCCCAAUAUCGUGGACUGCUUUAUUUCAAGGCCUACCGAAAAGUCUGUUUUUACCAUUUUCAUGAUUGCGGCAUCUGUGAUUUGCAUGCUGUUAAAUGUGGCUGAAUUAUGUUACUUGCUGAUGAAAUUGUGUUUCAGAAGGUCCCGAAGAGCACAGGUUCAAAAAAAUCACACCAAUCAUACCAUAAAAGAAAGCAAGCAAAAUGAAAUGAAUGAGUUGAUUUCAGACAGUGGACAAAAUGCAAUUACAGGUUUUCCAAGUUAAAAGAUUUUAAAUGAAAAUAGAACUAUUAAUGACAAACCUGUAGUGUUCAUCUGGAUACCAAUGCCAAACAUUUAUUCCCUAGGCUGAUUUUUUUAUAGCUACCAAUGAAAUUCAUAACAAAUAGAGACAAAAUAUUUUAGGAGAAUUAAUCACCUACAUUAUCAGAAAUGUAGUAAACAAUUCUGUGAAAGUGGAAAGACUAGAUAGGUGAUUGUGUACUAAAAUAUCUUUAAGUCUACCUUGAGUAGACAUUCUAGUCUGUCUCACCUUCCCAGGAGGUGUGUUUCCUAAAAGGUUAUUAAACAUUUAGCUGCAAAGAGUGAGAAAAUGUUUUUUGUCUAGUGAUUGAUACUAUUAUGAUUACAAAUGUUUUUUUAUAGUAUUACAUGUUUUAGUGCUGAACUCCUAUUCACAUAAAAAGUAUUUUUAUAAUGCCAGGUGUUCCAUAUUACUUAAGUACAACAUAGUACACAACUGACUCAUGAAAAUAGCUGCAGUAUUCUUAUGGGGGUGGGCGGGGGGGGGGAGAAUAAAACAUGAGUUUUAAUAAUGACACUGCAGUUAUCUAAACCUUGAAAUUAUAAGAAAAUCUGUUUUGUAAAUGCAAUAUGCUACACAGCUCAAUGACAACCAUAUGACCAAUAGUGAUACUAUCAAAAUGGGGGUCAGGGGUUGGGGGCAUGGGGGAGGAGGGAAUGUUCUGGCUAAUGUGUGUGCUCUUCAAUACAUUUGAAAUACUUUGCUUGUUGUACAAUGUGUUUUCACUGCCAAGAUGUACCUUUCAGAAGGUAGACAGGACUAUAUGAACCUGAGUGCCUUUUCUUUUUUUUUACUUAGCUUGGAAACUGGAUUUCAGCCUGUGUGAAAAGUUGAAAUAUGAAUGUGAUCACUUGAAUAAAAGAAAAACUCUUCUAUUGC